AUGUCGUCAAGACGACCGCCUGCGGGUCCACGGUCGUCGUCGAUAUACACCCAAGUGAGGACGGAGGACGACAACGAUUUUAUUCCCGGUCUUCACCACAAUAAAGGCAACUCGCCGCUGCUAUGGCUAGCAGUCGUUGUACUAUCUCUGCUCUUAGCUGGAAAUGCAUGGCAUCAAGGUGGACUUUUCAACACGCGAAACCCGAGGGGCUCGUAUGAGAAGGGUUUCAAGACAGAGCUAGUCCAAACCUAUAUUCGUCUGGAGGAGAAGCGUUUUCAUGGUGCUUUCCGCGUAGACGACCAAGGUUACUGGCAUAUGAGUACCAAUCCCGACGAGCAACAUAUGUUGGAAAGCCAAGUCGCGAGAUGGACAAUGCUUGGGCAUUCUCCAGCUCGCUUCUAUGGGCACACGGCCGCAGAGGUCCAGAAGCUCGGCUUGCAAGCGGAUCCGGAGGACUAUGAGCCAGGCUUGGGCUAUGAAACGCCCUUGUUCCGGACUGAGCCAAGCACAUACCAUGAUCUGCAUUGUCUGGACUAUGUUAGGAAAGCGCUGGACUGGGAGUACUACACGGAUAUAACGGUGAAUCGUACAGCACCAGAGCAUCCAGGACACGCAAGUCACCGACUGCACCUAGAUCACUGUAUCGAGCUGAUGAGACAGUCGUUCUUAUGCCACAUGGAUCUCACACCGAUACCACGGCGAUGGCUUGUGAACGGAAAUAUGAUGCAUGCCGACCAAGACCAAGUGCACAUGUGUCGAGCGCGCGAGCCCUUCCAUGACUGGAUUCAGGAGCAACCGAUGGAACGACUCAUCUCUCCCGUGUAA